UGAAAUAUAUUAAUAUAUCUUUUGGAAUUAUAUGUCUAACGGUAUGCACAUUUUGCAUUUAUGUUGAGUUAAGGUCUUACAUUGCCCAUAAGGCGGAGUAUGCCAACAUUAUACUAUUUAGUUUUACGCUCGUGCACGUCGUCUCCUGCAUUCUUUUAAUAAUUGGCGCUAAGCUGAUGAAAAAUAAUUUUCUGAUACCCUGGAUGACCUGUUUGCCCCUCACCAUUAUGAACUUCAACGUAGUGUUCCUACAUGUUCUGGAAAUGGUCUGGAGCAUUAUGACAUCCAUGAUGAUAUCCAUUGCAAUGUGGCUAUUUGUGUUGAACAUGUUCCUAAAGCUCCUCAAGGAGAAGCGCAGAGCGAAAGCCGAAAUGCCCACUUCGAGUAUUCUGGCCUUUCAGCUUUCCGGGAGUUCCUGACCUAAGCGGCCAAAAAUGCUGAGCAAAACAAAAUGGAAAUACAACGAAUCAACUCUGUCGCACUCGCACGCAGCCCGGGCACUGCUAUCCCGCUCACUCGUCACUCGUACUGCCACGUAAUUCACCUCAAGCUCACCACAGACCACAGACCGCAGUCCACAGUCCGUGUUGGAGUUGAGUUCGGCGCGUGCCCUGCUUUGAGUGGAAUCGAUUCAAAGGCAUCGAGAGGACGCACGGCGAAACAGUAUUACGCCGAGCAGUGAGCCGAGCACAUCGAACCCAAUAGAAAAGGAACAGAGAAUCGCAGAAAAGUUGUCACAGAUAUACCUAGUCAAGGAUCAGACGGAACAAUAAAUGAAAUUAGUUCGAAAAGCGUGCAGCCCAAAUUUUACUUGAAUUCCUGGCAACAGACUGAUGCACUUCACUGUAACUCAAUUACCGAGUGCAUUCCGGGCGAUCGGGUGAUGUGCAACAAUAGAAAUGUUUUUUAUCGAUUUGUAGCAGAAACUCUAGUUUGUUGAGUCCACCAAGAGACACUGACACUGACAGUGUGUGUGUGUGUGAGUGUGAGUACUUUAGUGUGCUUGCGCGUGUUCGUGUGUCUGUGCAGCAGCGGAAACAGGAACAGCAACUGGCAACUGGCAACUGGCAACUGGCAUUAGCACACGACAAAAUGACGCAAAUGCGUCUUUAAGCGGAAUAAACCUUCAACUGACGCAAGUUCCUGCAAAGCCUUAAAUGCAAUACAAAUCAAACGAAACACUGAUAUUGAUAAUAGCUAAAUAAACAACUAGUCGUUGUACAGGAAUCCAGUGCCAAAGCAUAAGCCAGCACACCUCGUCCAUCACGCAUACGCCGUGUGCGCUAGCCGUUAUCAUUCCGAAAAUUGGGCCAACCCUUGGCUUUGGCCGUGCCGCUGCCGUCGCCGUCGCCGUCGCCGUUGCCGUUGCUCCUGCUUCUGCUUCUUCUUUUGCUGCAGCUGCAGCUGUAGCUGUGCUCCUUUGUGCUGUCCGCGUGUGGCCCUAUCGAGCUAAACCAAUGCAUUUGAGUGCACAACAACAACGCCCCAAGCAACAACAACAACAACGCGAGCAACAAGAGAUACACCAGCGAAGGCGCCUCACAUACCGCAAAGGACGAGCAUGUCAUCCCUGCAGCGCGACUGGCAUUUACAGGGUUCACGGGGAUCGGUGUACUGCGCGAGUGAACCGGACCCAGCUGGUCGAGUCCAGUACGAGUCGGGAGGGCUCGUUCUCAACGACAGGGCGGGGCAAUGCGGAGACGGCGAUGCUGACUGCGGCGCUGCCGGCCAGGCCCCAAGCGGAUCACUGUUCUCGGUUGUGUCCGCGCCACCUGCACCGCUGCCCACUGUGGCCCUGGCCCAGCUGGACGUCAAGCAAAUGGAGGCGCUGUGCGUGCCGUCGCCCUCGCCGUGCGCCUCGCCAGCGCUGCGACCUGCCACGCUCAGCUUGGAUGCGCCCUGCUGUCCGCGCACGCUGCAAGCCAGCCUGCUGGAGCACCAGAUCCCCGAGCUGGAAGAGGACGACAAUGAGAACCUGUUGACCGUGUCCAGCAUAACGGCUCGCCCGUUGAUAGCCAAAUCGAACGAGUUGCGCAGCAGCCGCAAGCAGCAGUUAUCCUCGGGUACGGCUCGCAGCAAAUGCCUGAAGCGCGCCAAGGAGCUGGAGCGACCGUCCGCUCGUCGCAGCAGGCAGCUGGCCAAGGAUCGCGACUCAUCCACCAGCACUACAGAGAGCGGCGGCGGCUGCGCUGCGGAGCCACCGGACGGUGGCUACGGCUGGUUCAUUGUCUUCGGCGCCUUCUCCGUGCAGUUCUGGGUCGCCGGACUGGUCAAGUCGUAUGGCGUGCUCUAUGUAGAGAUCAUGGAAACCUUUCCCAGCUCCACGGCCACUGUGGCCUCCUGGAUACCAGCCAUCCUCUCAGCGCUCUGCCUCGUCCUCGCACCGCUCUCGAGCGCGCUCUGCCAGCGCUUCUCCUGCCGCUCCGUUGUCUUUGUGGGCGGCAUCUUUUGCUCUCUGGGCAUGGUGCUCAGCUAUUUCGCCACCAGCCUGCUGCACCUGCUCCUCACCUUUGGCAUUCUUACAGGAAUUGGCGGUGGUCUCUCCACGACCCCAGGCAUUGUGAUUGUCUCGCAGUACUUUGACAAGCACCGCGCCCUGGCAAACGGGAUCUGUGUGUCGGGCACGGCGGCGGGCAGCUUCGUGCUACCCAUAUUGAUAAAGCACCUGGCGGAGAGCUGCGGAUUCCAUGGCACGAUACUCAUACUGGGCGGCUGCAUGCUGCACGUGUGUGUCUCGGCGACUCUGUACCGACCGCUGAGCGACUAUGCCGAGCAGGCACAGGUGCAGGCGCAGGCGCAGGCGCAGGAUGCGGCUGGCAAGCCCAACAGUGAUGACAUCAAUCCCAGCACUACGGGCAUGCUGACGACGUCCACGUACUUGGGCACCUGUGAGGUGGGCGCCGAUGAGCUCAACGACAAGUUCAUAGAGCAUUUGUUCCUCGAGGAGUGCAAGAAUCAUCUGAACUACUACGCCAGCAAGCAGCCAGCUCAAGACAAGUCGGCGCAGGAGAGCGAUGAUGAGGUGAAGGACAUCAUUGGCGAAACCACCUUUAUAAAGCCCAUGAAGAAGGUGCGCAGUUCCGGCCUACUGCACUCCGUGGAGGAUCUGAGCACAGACUCCACUUGGGUCUAUCGCAAGCACUCAGGCACCGACUCGAAUCGCGGCAGUCGGCGACGUCGCAACGUCUUUGCCAAUGACGAGACCAUCAGCAAGAUCCAUGCCCAUCUCGAGAAGCCGCUCUCCCCACCGAGCGUGGUCAGCCGCGGUCUCAGCAAAAGCAUGGAGAUACCCACGCCCGUGAGCAACCUCAGCGAGCUGAAGCAACAGCCAUCGGAUGGCAGCAUUCUGGACUCCCAGCUCCUGGAGUCCGCGGCCGUCUUUGACGACGACGACGAUGACAAUGACGCCAUYGACGAGGAUGACGAUGACGAGCGCCAGCUGAAGCGCAGCUGCUGCGCACGCAUUGAGAUGUACCUGGACAUCAGUCUGCUGCAGGAGCCCCGGUUCAUACUGAUGUGCCUAUCCGUAACACUCAUGUCUGUCGGCUGUCCCUACAUGCUCUACUAUCUGCCCGCGCACGUCAUAUCUAUCGGCUACAAUAAAAGCGAAGCGGGGUAUUUGGUGGCCAUCAGCGCUGUGCUGGAUCUGUGUGGACGCCUGGGCCUAGGCUGGCUAUCAGAUCUGCAGCUCUUUGACCGUAAGAAGACCUAUACACUAUGCAUCCUGGGCGCUGGCCUGGCCGUUCUGACAAUACCCUUUGCCAGGACCCUGGUGCUGGUGGGUCUAUCAGCGGCAGUAUAUGGACUAUGCCUGGGCAGCUGGUAUGUGCUGAUGCCCGUGCUGCUGGCAGAUGUCUUUGGGACGGAUCGUAUUAGCUCCAGCUACGGCUUGGUGCGCAUGUUCCAGAGCAUAGGGGCCAUAUCGGUGCCGCCGUUGGCAGGUCUGCUGAGGGAUCUGUCCGGGGACUAUGAGAUCUGUUUCUAUUGCAUGGGCUCCUGCAUGGCCUUGGGCUGUACGCCCCUCGUGGUAUGGUCUAUACUGGAGGCACGCAAUCAUCGGCUGUUCGUGCAGAACGAGGAGGAUGAGUGCGAGGAGGCCUAAGUUCAGUUUGUUGAUUAGCAGAGUUAUACAAAAAUAUUUGUUUGUUGUUCGUGUUUUUAGUAGCCGUUACAGUUACAUCAGAAUAUAUUUUCCAUACCAGUACAAAUACAAGCAAAUAGGAAGAUGAACUUAAAAGAUAAUGAUACACAAUCGGAGUUCGAAUGCCUCACCGAUAUUGAUGAUACUCUUACUGAUACUCCAACACGAGGAAAUAAAUUCAACAUUUACUUUACUUAGCGCUCACACACUUUUCAAAUGCAUUCCUAUAUUUGUCGCGUCUUUAUACAGAUCAUACUUAUAGUAUAUCAUCUGCCUGUUUAUCCUAUGAAAUAUCUGCAAUUGUGCAAUUGUGUAUUCAAUAAUGUUAUCCCAAAAGCAUGAAAAGCACCGAAAGUUGCGCAAAGAACUGAGUUAAAAAGACAUGAACACCAAAAAAUGAGAAAAACAAUUUAAACCUAUAUAUGUAUAUAUUAUAAUAUUCGAUAAAUGUAUUGUCUGUAUUUGAAUGCCCGAAAUACACGAUAUCUAACUAUAUUUAGCUGUAGGUUUACACGAUGAACAUCGUCGACAUCAUCAAAGAAUUUCCAUUUGGUAGCUUUUGGUUUUUGUGGAACUGAGAAGCGCAGAGAGAGGCUAUUAACUAAUAAAUGUUGUACAACUGUACCAAAAAAACACCGAACAUCUCGUUCUUGGGGUAUCCUACAGCAUUACAUUAACGUAGUUGUACAAUAGUUGUUGUGAGAAAUUUACGCAAAAACAUGAAAACUUAACAAAAAUAAAUAAAGUAUCAAAUUUAAUAUUUG